AUGGAAACAGUUAAUAAGGCACGUUUCCUCCUCGCUCUUCUCGUGGUGUUCCUUGCCAUGGCUGAGGGAGGAAGGGACGUCUCGAUGAAAGACGAUGUCUACAAUCCUCAGAACUUUUUUGGAAAUGGUUGGUUCCCAUUUUUUCCCUUUUUCCCUCAUUUCCCCUGGUUUGGAGGUAUCCACAAAGCUGAAGCUGGGCAAAACGAUUUGGUGAAACGCAAAGAGGGGUACUUCCAUUGGAGUUAUGCCUCAUCUGGGGUUGCAGUAACUUCUGAUGCUCAUAUUCUAGUAAUAAAUCAGCAGCUUGUUUCUGGAGUGCAGCAACAUGAGCUUCAGCAGUUUCCCCCAGAUAACCCUGGAAUUUAUUGCCUACUUUCGAACUUUUAUGCCGAAGCAAGGAGGUGGUAUGAAGUAGCAGAGAUUAUGGGAAUUUUGGACAAGCUAGAGCUUGAGCUGAAAGCUAUGGGUUAUAUGCCAACACAGAGGCCAGGAACUAGAUUGCUGAUCACAAAAAAAACAGUCUGCAGGGAUUGCCAUGAAGCAACUAAGUUUAUCUCCAAAACAGUGAAUAGAGAGAUUGUGGUGAGAGACAAGAAGCGAUUUCAUCACUUUAAGGAUGGAGUCUGCUCAUGUGGUGACUACUGGUAA